AUGGACUUCCAACAUCGCCCGGGGGGCAAGACCGGGAGUGGGGGCGUGGCCUCCUCCUCUGAGAGCAACAGGGACCGGCGGGAGCGCCUCCGGCAGCUGGCCCUGGAGACCAUCGACAUCAACAAGGACCCUUAUUUCAUGAAGAACCACCUGGGCUCAUAUGAAUGCAAGCUGUGCCUGACGCUCCACAACAAUGAGGGGAGCUACCUCGCGCACACCCAGGGGAAAAAGCACCAGACCAACUUGGCCCGGCGAGCAGCCAAAGAGGCUAAGGAGGCCCCUGCCCAGCCAGCACCAGAGAAGGUCAAGGUAGAAGUGAAGAAGUUUGUGAAGAUCGGCCGCCCGGGCUAUAAAGUGACCAAGCAGAGGGACACAGAGAUGGGCCAGCAGAGCCUCCUCUUCCAGAUCGACUAUCCUGAGAUCGCUGACGGUAUCAUGCCACGCCACCGCUUCAUGUCUGCCUACGAGCAGAGGAUCGAGCCCCCAGACAGGCGCUGGCAGUACCUGCUGAUGGCUGCCGAGCCCUACGAGACCAUUGCCUUCAAGGUGCCAAGCAGAGAGAUUGACAAGGCCGAGGGCAAGUUUUGGACUCACUGGAACCGAGAAACCAAGCAGUUCUUUCUCCAGUUCCACUUUAAGAUGGAAAAGCCUCCAGCCCCGCCAAGCCUCCCGGCUGGGCCUCCUGGGGUGAAGCGGCCACCACCCCCACUGAUGAAUGGCUUGCCCCCUCGGCCACCACUGCCUGAGUCUUUGCCUCCACCCCCACCAGGAGGCCUGCCUAUGCCCCCCAUGCCACCCAGUGGGCCUACACCUGCAGGGCCCCCGGGCCCUCCUCAGCUGCCCCCCCCAGCUCCUGGAGUCCACCCACCAGCACCAGUGGUCCACCCACCAACAUCUGGGGUUCACCCUCCAGCUCCUGGGGUCCAUCCCCCAGCACCGGUGGUCCACCCACCAACAUCUGGGGUUCAUCCCCCUGCUCCUGGGGUUCACCCAGCCCCAGGAGUCCAUCCUCCAGCCCCAGGUGUCCACCCUCCCCCAUCUGCUGGAGUUCACCCCCAGACCCCAGGGGUACACCCACAAGCUUCUUCAGUCCACCCCCAGGCCCCCGGGGUACACCCCCCAGCCCCGGGGAUGCACCCCCAGCCACCUGGGGUACACCCCCCUCCUCCAGGGGUUCAUCCUCAAGCUCCUGGGAUUCACCCCCAGCCUCCUGGAGUUCAUCCCUCCAAUCCCGGGGUCCAUCCCCCAGCUCCCAUGCCCCCAAUGAUGAGACCCCCACUGCCCUCCGAGGGCCCUGGAAACAUUCCACCCCCUCCCCCAGCCAACUGA